AUGGACUACUUUGCACCUUGCUGCCCAACUCGACUCGGCGAGAACAUAUUCGAAUAUGAUCAUGGGUGCGGCUUCAUGUUCUGCUUCACAAAUGACAUAGCUAUGGCUGAGGCUUAUCCCGGGUGCAUCUCCAACCUGACCAACAUGAAGCUCACCGAUAUCGGAGCUAACGGGGCCGACGCAAAAAACAUUACGGAUAAUCGAAAUUCGACUAACAUCAUGUGCGAGUACGUGGACUACGAUUCUCUGAGAGCAGGCGCGAAGAAGAUGAGUGAUGGGUCGCCUCGGCCUGGAGGAGGAGUGUGGCGGGCCGCUCUCGCCAGCGUGGUUGUCCUAGGCCUUGCGCAAUUUUUCCUCUCGUUUUAG